AAACUAAAUCCACGGGAAGUCCGUCAGUAUGCGAUAACGAGUUGCAUAAUGACUGAAAUACCCUUACUCUUUUUAAACUUCUGUCACACAGCUGGUGAGGACGCAACAGACCAUGUUCUCCACUCUGAGAUUGCAGGUUUCGAACCCUGCAAUCAAGCCAAACGAUGCCCACACCCUCGCCGGAAACCUCUUCUCAUGUCGACGGCUGUCCGGCACCGGGCCACCGGAUCGCCGGUUCACGUGCCUGUCUCUGAAAUCGAAUAAUGCAGCAUCGCCUGAGCUGCAGUCGUUUGUUUCUUCUCAGUUCACUUCGUCGGUUGGAUCUUCGCCGUCUUCGCUUCAGCUCUCACAGUGGAACCUCACGCAUCGUCACAUUGAAGUGUUGAAUGUCAUUGCCUUGGCGACGGCGAUCUCGGCGACUUGGCUUUUCUGCUCCGCAAUCCCAACUCUUCUGGCUUUCAAGAGAGCAGCCGAAUCAUUAGAGAAGCUGUUGGAUGUAACAAGGGAGGAGCUUCCUGGAACAAUGGCUGCUGUUCGAUUAUCUGGAAUGGAAAUUAGUGAUCUCACAAUGGAGCUCAGUGAUCUUGGUCAGGAGAUAACACAAGGUGUUAGAAGCUCCACUCGAGCUGUUCGCAUGGCCGAGGAAAGAUUGCGCUGGUUGACAAACAUGACUCCAUCAGCAACGGUGCAGGGUCCGGCUAAUCAAAAAAUUGAAGCAGCAGACCCACUCUUAGCUAGAACUGCGAGGGGAAUAAAGGAGGGAAUUGUGAAGGGUCGAUCACUCUUUCAACUAUUUUUCACUUUUACCAGAUUUUCUAAGAUGGCCUUUAACUAUUUCGCUACUCGAGCUAAGUCAUAAGUUAAAAGACACGAUCUUUGUGCUCAGCAGAUUUGGUUCUGCCUUUUGUAUAUGUUUUCUACACAUAUAGCUUUAGCAGGUAGGAUUAAUGUUCAAUCUUUAACUUUCAUUGGAUGUUGGCUUAUGAGACUCAAUGGGGCUGUUGCUAAUGGGUCAUUAGGGAUGGGACAAGUGAAUUGCUUCACUUUUUGUUGAGGAAUUGUGGAUGUUUUUUAUUUUAAUUUAAUUUAUUUAUUUUAUAGCUUUGUUUUA